CGGAUGUUUUCUGUGUAGUUUCGUAAUGUCAAUGUGGUUUGACAUUUGUCCUUUAUGUAGUUAUGCCACUCAUUAUGGGAUAAAUAUUAAUGAUCAGCGUGGAUCAGACGUAACCGACCUUUUUUAAAGAUGCUGCUGUCUUGGAGAGCAAUAGCAUGGCUUCAGGACACCAAAAAGCUUAGGUAUUUCACAUCUGCUAGUACCCUGGACUUUGUUCCAACCAGUGCACCCAUAGGUUCAUUGGUAUUGGAGCAACUUCAGGACUUUGUCUACCAGACUAAGCGACUCUUUGUGAUCACCGGGGCUGGGAUUUCCACUGAAUCUGGCAUCCCUGACUACCGCUCGGAGGGAGUGGGUCUGUAUUUCCGCACAGAGAGACGACCUAUACAGCACGCCGAGUUCCUGCGGAGUAGCAAGGCCCGCCAACGAUAUUGGGCUAGGAAUUAUGUUGGAUGGCCACAGUUCUCCUCACACCAACCAAACUUAGCACAUCUUGCACUGCGCAGCUGGGAGGCUGUUGGGAAGGUGCACUGGCUGGUGACUCAGAAUGUCGAUGCACUGCAUUCCAAGGCUGGACAACAGAACCUGACUGAGCUGCAUGGAUGUACACACAGGGUGGUGUGUCUGGGGUGUGGGUCCCGCUCUGUUCGGGAAGCCCUGCAGGCCCGCUUUACAGCCCUCAAUCCAGGAUGGGUAGUGAAGGCAGGAGGUGUUGCCCCAGAUGGGGAUGUUUUCCUUUCAGAUGAACAGGUCCAGCACUUCCGGGUCCCAUCCUGUGAGAGUUGCGGGGGCAUACUGAAGCCAGAGGUCACGUUCUUUGGGGACACAGUGAAUAGAGAAACUGUGAACUUGGUGCAGCAAAAACUGGUGGAAUCAGAUGGAGUAUUAGUGGUUGGCUCCUCACUGCAGGUGUAUUCGGGGUACAGAUUCCUUCUAACAGCUAGUGAAAGAAAAAUUCCAGUUGCCAUCUUGAAUAUAGGGCCAACCAGAGCAGACCACCUAUCCAGCAUAAGAGUGAGUGCCCGCUGUGGGGACGUGCUGCCUGCAAUCCUACCUCUCACAGAACGGGAGCUGGCACAACCCUGAUCCGUCAACUAGCCGGAACAAGACAAAGGAAACAUGCACCUGGACAUUUCAGUCAAUAUGCUCACCUUCACCAGUCAAUAUGCUCACCUCACCACUCAAUAUUUGCUUCAAGUGCAGCUAUUGACUUGGCUUUCUCUCAGGAUAUUAGUUUUUUUUUCCUUUGGCAUUGUGUUCUAUAUAAUAUUGUCAAUUUUAAAUCCAAUUAGACUCUAUUCCUAUUGGAUGACCAAGAGUCAAAUAAUGAUCUUUGCUUGUUGCAAAGUAGUAAUAAACCUGAAGUAGUAAAUGAUGAAUGCCAACGUUAGUGUCUCAGCUCUGAUUAGUCCAGAAUAUAGUCAUAGACCAAGGUGGUAUAUUUCCCAUAUCCCAUGAUACUCUCCUAAAUGAAAAUCUACAAUUGAUAAAUGUGUACAGCCAAAACAAUAAUGAUCCUACAUGUAUUUCCAUUUUAAAAAUAUUUCUGUAGUCGACAAUAGUUUCUUGUUAUAAAUUACAUUUGUAUUGUGGUCCUCCUAAAUGCUGAACAGUUGAAUAACAGUUGAAUAACUUUUAAUGUUAAAAUUACAAUACUGCAGAAAUUAAUUUAACUGUAACUGCAGCAUGUGUACAAUGGCAAAUACAUUGCACCAUUUUGCAAUUGAAACCCCACAUAUUACCAUAUAUUUCACUUUCUGCCAUUACUAUUUUUAUUGCAGUAACAACAAUCAAUUUCCCCACAUUUUCCCCAGAAAACUCUUCACUGCUACCAGUAUGUGAUGCUGAUGUCUUAUACAGCAAGAGUUAAGGGUUCAAAAUUGUAAUGAGGCUUUCUGUAGUUCUGGUUCACUCGGUCCUUGUAACUUGGGUACUGAGACACUAAGGAACACACAUCAGCAUUGUUAGCUCAUCUUACUUGCAGACAGAAAUUUGAUAAGCCGUGUUGUGGCAAGUGCAAGAGUAUUUUCCUUGGGAAUAAGUAUUUUCUACAGAAAGAUUUGAGCGUGUGGACAGGAAAGGAACACUCAGUCUUGGCCUGCCGCCCCCUUCCUCUUCAUUCGGACUUUCUCUGUGUUCUUGUUCUGGGGCUGGGGCUCUUUGGGAGUCCUUUUCCUCCAGGAAAACUGGGACUGCCGUAUGGCCUCUGUGAUCUCAGGGAAGCUCCAGUGUUUGUGUGUGAGGGCAGCCUGCAGGGAAAAGGGGCCAUCGCGGGUACGCCGGACCCCUGUGCACACGGCCGUGCUUCG